CCGGGAAGGCGGGAGGUCCCCGGGGCUGCCCGCGGAAGUUGCCUCCAGGCUGUCCCCGCCAUGUCGUCUGCGGACGCAGGACCUGGAGGACCGGACGGGCCUCCGCGCGCGGCCGCCGCGCUCUGCGGCCUGUACCACGAGGCGGGCCAGCGACUGCGGCGCCUGCAAGACCAGCUGGCCGCCCGCGACGCCCUCAUCGCGCGGCUUCGCGCCCGCCUGGCCGCCCUGGAAGGGGACGCGGCGCCGUCGCUCGUGGACGCGCUCCUGGACCAGGUGGCGCGCUUCCGGGAGCAGCUGCGGCGGCAGGAGGGGGGCGCCACUGAGGCCCAGCUGCGCCAGGAAGUUGAGAGACUUACUGAGCGACUGGAAGAAAAAGAGAGGGAGCUCCAGCAGCUGAUGAGCCAGCCUCAGCACGAACACGAGAAGGAGGUUGUCCUGCUGCGGAGAAGCGUGGCAGAGAAGGAGCAAGCCCAGGCUGCCAGCGACAUUUUGUGUCGGUCCUUGGCUGAUGAGACUCACCAGCUGCGCAGGACACUGGCUGCCACUGCUUACAUGUGCCAGCAUCUGGCCAAGUGUCUGGAUGAAGGACAGCGUGCAGAGGGAGACGGGGGGAAGAGAAACCCUGAUGAGGUGGGCAAUGCAGCAAACCCGCUAGAGCGUACAAGCAGGGAUGCCUCUGGCCAGGCUGUUAUUGAGAAGUUACAGGAAGAAAACCGACUGUUAAAACAGAAGGUGACUCACGUAGAAGACCUCAACGCUAAGUGGCAGCGCUAUGACGCGAGUAGGGAUGCGUAUGUGAGGGGGCUGCAGGCACAGCUAAAGGGGCAGCAGGGCCCCCCUGAGUCUGAGUUGAUGCAGAAGGAAAUCUCCCGGCUCAACAGGCAGUUAGAGGAGAAAAUCAACAACUGCGCAGUAGUGAAACAGGAGCUGGCCGCUGUGAAGAUGGCCCGGGACUCAGCGCUGGAGCGGGUGCAUGUGCUGGAGCAGCAGAUUCUUGCUUACAAGGAUGACUUUACAUCAGAAAGGGCAGAUCGGGAACGAGCUCAUGGUCGGAUUCAAGAACUGGAGGAAAAGGUCUCUUCCUUGAUGUAUCAAGUGUCCCAGAGACAGGACUCCCGGGAGCCAGGCCCCUGCUGGAUUCUUACUGGGAGCAAAACUACCAAGUGCCUAGAGACAGAUGCGUUGGAGCUUGUGGCCCCUGCUGGCUGGAGGUCUGGGUCGCAGAAGAUGGAGCCUCCUGCAGAGGGCGGUCACCUCCACAGAGCCCAGAGAAGUCAGGGUGAACUUCAGUGCCCUCACUGCCUGCAGUGCUUCAGUGAUGACCAACACGAGGCAUUCCUCAGGCACAUGUCUGAGUGCUGACAGUGAGCCAGAGCCACCGUGCCCACGUGGCCCUGCCCAGGCCAGCUGGUCUAAGGGGUUGGGUGGGCAUUCUCAGACCUGAUCUGCAGCUCUGGACCCUAGAUCCCACAGACGGGGCAGGGGACUCUGACAAGUCAUUUUGGUUCCUCAUCGGCCAUCGGUCAGACUGGGUCAGAGGGAACUGUUAGCAGAGCUGGAGGCCGAGAUGGGGUCAAGAGCAUCAAGUGGGUGCCAGUCUGGUCUCAUGUGGAGCUGUAAAGCCCAAGCUGCAAGCCGUGUGUGCGGAAUACUGAGAGGCUAAGGAAAGAAGCUGCUCUGGGAUCUGUGUGCACACUCUCAGGAUGGAGUCCUGCCCUGUUCUGUGGUGAGGUGUAGGCUCCCUGCCUGGUCCAUGCUGCACUACAGUUGCCCCAAACACUGGGGCCUCCCCACCCACAGCAGAGCCACGAGGCUGCACCCAGUGCCCCUUGCAAUAAAUAGCACUUGUCAUGUAGUCAGAAGUGAGAGCACCUUUUUUGUGCUCACUAAGUUUUAUAAUAAAUGUACUUACUACCGUG